AUGGCACCGGUUAGUUUCCUAGACCGUACUGCGAAUAUUAUCACAGAUUCAGAAUCAACUAGAUCACAGAUAACCCUUGGUCAAUAUGUGUUUGAGAGAUUGCUCUCCUGUGGAACACGUACUGUGUUUGGAGUUCCCGGUGAUUUUAAUCUCUCUCUCUUGGAGCACAUGUACGAUGAGGAAAUUGAGAACCAAGGAUUGAAAUGGGUUGGAACUUGUAACGAGUUGAACGCUGCAUACGCGGCAGAUGGGUACUCCCGUUAUACCAACAAUAUUGGUUGUGUCAUCACGACAUUCGGAGUAGGGGAGCUAUCUGCGCUAAAUGGUCUUGCGGGGGCGUUUGCGGAAGAUGUCAAGGUUCUCCAUAUAGUAGGUGUUACUCCAUCGAAGUUUCACACGGAUGCAGUCGUUUCGCACCACAAUGUUCAUCACCUUGUGCCGGCUCCAAAGAAUUCUAAUUUCGAGGCUCCGUUGCACCGUGUAUACCAUGACAUGGUCAAAGACAGAAUCUCAUGCUCCACUGAAUUUUUGGACAAUUUGGAAACAGCAUGCGACCAGAUUGAUAAGGUCAUAAGCGAUAUAUUCAGGCAUUCCAAGCCUGGCUAUAUAUUUAUCCCAGCAGAUUUUGCGGAUAAAUUAGUAGACCCUGUCAAUCUUUUCGCCAUGCCAACUAUUAAUCUGGACAUGGUGCUGAGUGGGAACGUUUUCGAUGAAAGAAGAAUACAAAUAGCGUCAGACUUACUUUUACAAUUAAUUUAUAAGAGUAAGGCGCCAGCGGUGAUCGGGGAUGUUUUAUGCGAUAGAUUUGGAUGUACAAACCAGUUGCGCGAGUUUGUGCAAAAGACUCAAAUGUGGAAUUUCUCAUCGAUGAUGGGUAGGUCUAUUUUAGAUGAAAGUAAACCGACAUUUCGCGGUGUUUAUAACGGCAGUGAGUCUGAAAGCCAAGUGUCCUCUAUCAUACAGAAUUGUGAUUUAAUCUUGCAUUUUGGUGCCAUAAGAAAUGAAAUGAACACCGGGCACUACUCAUUCAGUUUUAGCCCAAAUUCCACAAUUGUAGAGAUUCAUCCAGACUAUUUCAAAAUAUACGAUUCCCUAAGCGGCAAGAAAACCCACAUUGAAGGCUUCCCUCUAAAGAGUUUCUUGCAAACAGUCAUUGAAUGUCUUGAUGUUCAAAAGCUCAACUUCGGUUAUCCGGACGUGGUAAAGAAACAGGCAGCAAGCAUUUCCUAUGAUCCUGACUCCCCCGUCACACAAAGUAAUCUUCAGCUGGUUUUUCCCAAAUGCUUGAAUCCCGGAGAUAUCUUUGUAACGGAAACAGGUUCAUUCCAAUUUGCUGUUCGUGACUUUGUCUUUCCUUCAAACCUGAAAUACAUCUCGCAAGGGUUCUAUCUCAGUAUAGGUAUGGCAUUGCCAGCGGCAUUGGGAAUUGGAUGCGGCAUGGUCGAUUACCCCAGGCAGCAUAUCAAUGAGGUAGAAAAUACUGUGCCAAAAGAUUAUAUUCCUCGACUGGUUUUGACAGAGGGCGACGGUGCUGCGCAAAUGACGAUUCAAGAGUUGUCUUCAUUCCUUCGCUAUAAUAUACCGCUUGAAAUAUUUAUAUGGAAUAAUGAUGGCUACACAGUUGAAAGAGCCAUUAAAGGACCUACUCGAGCUUAUAAUGAUAUAAUGCCCUGGAACUGGACAAAGAUAUUACAUGCGUUGGGAGACAUUUCUGAGACCAAAACCCAAAACUGCAAAAUUGAAACUUUUGGACAGCUUUCCAAACAUCUGAAUGCAUUGAAACUCAAUGACAACCGAGCGACAAUCAAGCUACUUGAAGUCAAGCUGGAAAGAAUGGACAUUCCUGAGCAGUUGAAAAUUAUGGCAAAAGCCUGCCGGCAUACUUAA